AUGUUAAAUAUAAUAAAAUAUGGAUUUCGUCCAAUUGUACACAGCAUAGAAAGAGGUCAAAAUUUUAAGAAAGGAUUGAAGUUGGUGGAGGCCGGUUACGUUUUAGAUGUUACUGAGGUUGAGAAACGGGAAGAGAAGGAAGUGGCCAUAUCCUCAAAAGUGGUGGCCCAAACAAGAGUGUCAGUGCAAUAUGCAGUUAAAAUAAAGGUAAAUGAAGACAGAGUUAUUCAAGCAGCUUUUUGUACCUGCAAAGCUGGAAAAUCUGGCCAGUGUAGGCAUAUUUGCGCGGUUAUUGUUUUCGUAAAUUAUGAUGAAAGCUCAACUUCCAAGACAAGCUUCUCUCAACAAUGGGGUAAACCAUCAAAACGACAAUUGUUAGAGUAUGAUAAAGGAGCACGAAUAAAUACCCUUUAUAAUGAACCAUCUUUGGAUAAAAAAGCCUCACUGAUGGUGCCCAUUCCGGUGUGUUCUUCAUCAUUGGAAAACCUAUCAGGUACACCACUAUAUGUGUAUGCAAAAUUGGAGGAACUUCAAAAUGAAGAAAUUGUCGCUGCUCAAACACUUCUUGAUAUACGACGACUCACAGAAAAACAACAAUUGAUUGUACAAGCUUCAAGUGUUGUUAAAGAAAUAUUAAUGCAACAGUAUUUUAGUGUACCCUACUCAAAAAACUACACGCUCAGUCAGAAGGUUUUGGAGUAUUAUGAAAGAAAUGUUAGUUGUACUUCCGACACUGCUUUCUGUAUUGCUACAGAAACUAUUCAGCAAAGUGCUGACGAUAAGUGGUAUAAAGAGCCACGUUAUCGUAUCACUGCAAGUAUAAGUCAUAGGGCAAAAGCAAAUUCACGUAAUGUCAAUAAGCUGGUGGAAGAUUUACUGAGUACCAAGAAAAUAAAGACAGCAGCUAUGAUCUAUGGAACGAAGACUGAAAGUACAGCAAUUAGACAGUACGAGACUGACUGGUUAGAACCUGGAAGUCACAUUGUUAAAGUGGGUUUGAUCAUCAAUCUUCUCCAACCAUGGUUAGCAUGCUCACCAGAUGGAGUAGUGAUUUUGGGAAAUAAUAUAAUGAAUAAAAGACUGUUAGAAGUAAAGUGCCCAUAUACAUGUCAAGACAAACCAAUUUAUGAUGAAGAAGAAAAAAUAUUUAAUGUAAAUUAUUUAACAAUUGAUGAAAAUGGUGCGCAACUGAAACGCUCAAACCAAAUUUACACUCAAGUGCAAAUUCAGAUGUAUUUAACCAAUAUUUCUAAUUGUGAUUUAUACAUUUAUUCUAAUAAAGGAAGUGCAUUAGUUAAGGUGCCCAGAAAUGAAAUGUUUUUAAGAGAUGUAAUCAUUAAAUUGGAGGCCUUUUACUUUAAGUAUUACCUUCCAAAAUUGGCAAGAAAUUUAUUGAGAAUUAAAAUUCCCAAUCAACGCAAGUAUGGAAAAAUUGAUGUUUCUGAAUAUGAAUCUACUUUAAAGUUACUUUUACACAUUAUGCAAGAGCAAGAAUUCAGGGAAGAAAUAAUGGCAUUAAAAGCUUCUAGACCGAUACCUGCUCAAAAUGGUAUUUUACAUCCUUUAGUCCUAAGUCCAAAAAGGCUCAUAAACCAUUUAGUUAAGCAAAGCAUGUAUUUACCAAAAGGGUUAUCAUUUCCUGUACCUCUUUAUCAUCAUUAUUCUCAUGACCUGUAUAAAACAAUGCAUCCAAAUGUGUUUUACUCAAAUUAUAAAUUGUACUUUAUUUUAUACAUACCCCUUGUAAGUGAUAUUUCGUACAAUAUCGUUAAGAUGAUAAGUUUACCUAUAAAAGUGAAUAAUGAUAAACUUUCUCAUAUAUUCUCAUUUAUUUCAUCAGAACACCAUUACUUAGUAAUAUAUAGUCUUAAGCGAAACUAUUUUUUUCUUGAUAACAAUGAUUUGAAAGAUUGUUCAAGAAUAGAUAAUAAGUACGUUUGUAAAGAAAAAUAUCCCUUGUUCCUUUUACCAAUACAUAAUGAUUGUGAGGCACUGUUGUACACUCAUCCUCAGAAAAUUCCUGAGUCUUGUGAAAAACGAGUUAGUGCCAUUCAUAAAACAAUUUUUAUCAAAAUUCUGAAAAAAAAUUCUUGGAUUUUUGUUAGUCCAAACGAUGAAACUCUCACAAUAAAGUGUCAAAAUUUUGAAGACUCUAUUCGUUUAAACAUUUCAGGCAUUUUAGAACUUGCACCGCACUGUAUCGCUUUUACAAGUUCUGUCACGCUAAAGCCAAUUGAUACCAAAGAAGCAAAUGAAUCAUUCAUAAACACAAAUUAUUUUCAAAAUCUUGACAUUAAAAAUGAAAUCAAUAAUCAAGAUCUUCGUUUCAGUUUCAUGGAAACUUUGUCUUUGAAUAAAAGUAUUUUAGUACUUCCUGAUCAAAAUGAAAAAUUAGAAAAAAUUAGUUAUUCCAUCGAUGUAUUAAAAGCAAAGGAACAAAAGAUGUUAAACCAAAAAUCUAUUGAUUUUAACCAUAUUCAUCAUUAUAUUCUAGUAUAUUUAGUAGUGUUUUUAAUUGUAAGUUACGUAGGUUUUAAGAAAUAUAAAACAAUGUACGUUAAUCAAGAUAAAAGGAACUGUGAAACUCCAAGUGCAACCGCUGAAAGCAUCUGUUUAACAACGCGAGUGCCGCGAAUAGACAGAACCGCUGACGUCCAGUUUAACGAAAUAGCUGAUAAGGAAUCAUCUGAAUUACAACUACAGUCGACUUCGAACCAGCAAUCCAGCAUUGUGUCGUGUGGAGAUAAUUCCGAGGUUAAUUCUGAACAGAACUCAACAGCGGCGGCUGUUGCGAAGAUCAGUCAUCACAACAUCGAACCAACAGAAAAUGCAAUCAUUUCUGAUACUGAUGAACCAAUUCCGUCAGUUUCUAGCGAUACCAGAGUUACAGUAGUGAAUGUCGAUGGCGUCGAGCCACUUACAUUCACAAUAACAGACGAAGGUUCAAAAGAAAUCGGAAACCUUUCUGAAUUUGCUCCUCCCAGAGAAAAAUGCCACCAUUGCGGAAAAAAUUAG